AUGGUUAGUGUAAGACAAUUUGAUGAAAAGUUUAUUUGGAAGCCCCUGCACAGGGGGCUUUCUUUUCCACAUUUGAUAAUGGAAAAACAUUCCCGUGGCAAAGGAAAAAACAAAAAAGCGGCACCGAAAGCGAAAACACCGAAGAAACGAACAAGCGAAGGCCCAACCUGUUCCUUAUUCUUGGCUGAACUAACUAGAAAGCUGGCGUCCAAAAAGAAAGAAGAGGAGGAAAAGCCUAAGAACAUCAUCCAAACAAUAAUAGAAAGUAUCACAAACGCAUUACCCAUAAAACUAUCAAGAAGGACGACUCCGCCCAAAAAGGAAUCGCCUAUGAAAAUUGAAACAUUACAAAAAUUUGCUCCUGAAUUGGUACCAAAGAAUACUGUUGAAAUAGUUUCGAUACCAAAUCAAGUUUUAGAAAUUAUAGAAGCAGAGAAAGCAGUGGAUAAUGUUAUUUCUAUGACAGAAGUUUCAGUAACAGAAACGAUCGCGAAGAACUCUUCCUUCAAAAUUCCUAAAAUGCCAUUGGUUAACAGUGAAGUUCUUAAAAACGCGAUUGAGAAAAGAAAGAAGUCUUUAAUGAAGGACGCGUCUAUGAAUACAAACACGGAUCACGAUAUUGCCGCUGAGUUGACUAAGCACGUUGGAACCCUGCGAAAGAUAUCUCUGAUAGCUGAAGAGUUUAAUAAAAAAACUGCGAAAAACUUGAAAGAAAUCGUUGAUAGCGUCCAAGAAGAAUUAAUACAGAAAUUAGAAGAAAUCAAAGCAAAACAAAAACCAGGAGCAGUACACAUAGAAACUGUGAGGGAAUAA